AAAUAAUCAAAAGGAAGAAGAAAGAAAGAAAGAGCACAAACCACUUCCCACAAUCACAUUAAUCUCAUCAUCUCUACACCAUGAAAACCCCAACCAUUUCUUCUCUCACUUUGCUUCUUCUUCUCAUCUCAUGCUCAUGGGCAGCAGCUUUCGCCGCCGCCGACCACCACCAAGAUUUCCUACAUUGCCUGUCUGACAAAUUCGACAGCUCCAACGUUGUUUACACCGCAAGCAAUUCAUCAUACACUUCCAUCUUGAAAUAUUCCAUCUUCAACCUCAGAUUCGCUUCCGAAUCUACGCCAAAGCCGCAGGUGAUCAUAACCCCGGAACACGAAUCUCAGAUCCCGCCGGUUAUACACUGCGCUAAAAAAACCGGCCUCGAGAUCAGAACUCGAAGCGGCGGCCAUGACUUCGAGGGACUAUCUUAUGUAUCACAAGUCCCGUUUGUGAUGAUCGAUUUGAUCAAUCUCAGUGAAAUCACAGUCGACGCCGAGGCCAAAACCGCGUGGGUUGAAGCUGGCGCCACCAUCGGCUCUUUGUAUUACAGAAUCGCCGAGAAAAGCCCGGUUCUUGGAUUUCCGGCCGGCGGUUGCCUGACCAUUGGCGUCGGAGGCCACUUCAGCGGAGGAGGCUACGGCUUCAUGCAGAGGAAGUACGGCUUGGCUGCCGAUCAUGUGAUCGAUGCAAGAAUAGUAGACGUUAAUGGCAGAAUUCUCGACAGGAAAUCAAUGGGUGAAGAUCUGUUUUGGGCUAUCAGAGGCGGCGGAGCUGCCAGCUUUGGCGUAGUUGUUGCUUGGAAGGUUGAACUACUAGAUGUACCAGAAAGGGUCACUGUUUUCACAGUGGACAAAACCCUAGAACAAAACGCAACUCAACUCAUCGACCGCUGGCAAUACAUCGCUCCCAACCUCGACAAAGAUUUGUUCAUCGCAAUCUUGAUAACCCGGUCGAGUUCCGACCCGACCAUCGCCGCCUCCUUCGUGUCGCUAUUCCUCGGUCCCAUCGACGCGCUGCUGCCGCUGAUGCGACGAAGCUUCCCUGAGCUCGGCCUAGUGAGAGAGAACUGCACCGAGACGAGCUGGAUCAAUUCCACCCUCUACAUCGGCGGCUACCCCGUCGACGCGCCGCCGCAAAUCCUGCUCAACAGAACUCAGCCCCAACCAGCAUACUCGAAGCAAAAAUCAGACUACGUGAAGAAACCAAUUCCUCAAUACGCCUUUCAAGGCAUAUGGGAGCAGUUUUACCGAGCAGAAGAUAAGGGGGAUUUGUUCAUCUUCAUGAUGCCGUGCGGCGGGAGAAUGGCGGAGAUCUCCGACUCCGCCAUUCCUUUCCCUCAUAGAGCUGGCAAUCUGUACCUCUUCUCUCAUCUAGUCCAUUGGGAGGAAGAGAAUUCGGACAGCUACCUGAGCUGGUCGAGGAGGCUUUACGAUUACAUGACUCCUUACGUCUCGACGGCGCCGAGGUCGGCGUAUCUCAACUACAGAGAUCUCGACCUCGGCGUCAACAACGUUGUCGGGAAGACGAGCUACGCGCAGGCUAGUGUUUGGGGGAAGAGGUAUUACAAGAACAAUUUCGAUCGUCUUGUUCUGGUUAAGACCAUGGUUGAUCCUCACAAUUUCUUCAGAAACGAACAAAGCAUUCCGCCGCUGCAUUCCAAGUGAAUAAGACGUUGUCAAAAUUGUGUUAUCUAUGUUUCAAAAUUUGUCUGCAUUUACUAUAAUAAAGUGAUACAAUUAGGGAGCGUUUAGUUUGCUUGAUUGAUAAAA